UUCUUCCAUCUCACACUUCUAUUAUAAGAGGAGGGCGCGAAGAACUGAUUAAACCGCCUUCAGCUAUUUAAGCUACACCUUGAAGGCCCCAAAUCUCACCAAUUGGAAAUUAGCAUCUCCAAGAUUUCCUUCUCUCGAAAAUAGCCAGGAGUUGCCAUGAAACAUACCGCAAUAAUCUUGAUCCUUCUGCAAUGUUGCCUCGCUUUGAAGACCAACUCGACGAUCCUGCAUAAGUACGAGUCGAUUUUCAACUUCGGCGACUCUCUGAGCGACACGGGGAACUUCAUCCGAUCCGUGGCGGGACUUCCGGUCGUGCCAAAGUUUCCCUACGGCAAGACCUACUUUGGGCACCCGACUGGUCGUUUUUCCGACGGACGUCUUAUAAUUGAUUUCAUUGCGGAAGCAGUUGGGUUACCGCAUCUGAAGCCAUAUCUUGAGGUUGUCAACAACGGCUCAAUUGAUGCUCGUCGUGGAGUUAACUUUGCAGUUGCUGGUGCCACAGCGCUUGAUCCCACAUUCUUUGCAACUCGAAAAAUCCGGACGUUUACAAUGACGAAUAAUUCCUUAAGCGUUCAGCUCGACUGGUUCAAGAAACUCAAAUCUUCACUUUGCACUACUCAGCAGGAUUGCAAAACAUAUUUCAAGAAGUCAUUAUUUCUAGUGGGGGAGAUUGGUGGAAACGACUACAAUUUUGCUUUCGCCAAUGGUGCAAACUUUGAGCAGCUCCGUCCCAUUGUGCCAAUUGUUGUUGGAGCCAUCACCAAUGCCACCAGCAUGCUCAUCGAAGACGGGGCGGUGGAGUUGGUAGUGCCAGGGAUCUUGCCGAUGGGUUGCAUGACGUCGUACAUAGCGACUUCUCCGCUCUUGGACAAAGACGAUGUUAAUACGACAACUAGUUGUCUCAAUCGUUAUAAUGAAUUCGCACGGUACCACAACGGUUAUCUUCAGCAAGAGUUGCAGCAUUUGAGACAAAAACACAGCCAUGCAAGGAUUAUCUAUGCUGAUUAUUAUGGAGAUUCCAUGCGUCUCUUUGAAUCACCAAAACAGUAUGGUUUCAGUAAAUUAAUACAAGUAGCUUGCUGUGGAGCUGGUGGGCCAUUAAAUUUCAACGUCUCGAUGAUGUGUGGUUCCAGCUCCCAUACGUGUACAGAUCCAUCAGCUUUCAUACAAUGGGACGGAGUUCACUUGACCGAGGCGGCGUAUCGGCACAUGGCCACGGGAUUACUGGAUGGUCCCUUCACUUCUCCACGUCUCGUUGCCUAGAAGUCUGAAGGGGACAGUGCAUCGAGCUUCGAUUCUGAUGUCAAAGAUGAA